GCCUGGAGAAGCCGAGAAGCUCAAAUCCCAUCCAAACAUGACUAAGCUGGAAACCGCAAUCGAUCAAAUCAUCGGUGUCUUUGACCAAUAUGCCUCUACUGAGGGCAAUAAAGACACUUUAUCCAAAGGGGAUUUGAAGACUAUCAUGGAGCAGGAACUGCCUGGACUCAUGAAGAAUCCAAAAGGUAAAGACGAGCGGGGCCAGCUUCUAAAGGACCUGGAUGAAGAUGGAGACGCUCAAGUGGAUUUUCAGGAAUUUGUAAUAUUACUUUCUAUGAUCAUUUCUGGGCCACGAAAGAUUUCAAUAAACGUCUAA